CUCAUGAAUUCAAUACACCGCUAUAUUUUGAAGAAUGGAAGUAUAUACAUCGUCACGUUGUGUAAGGAGUAGAGAAGAAUCAUUAACAUCAUUAUAUUAUAGCCUCCGUGCAGCGAUCACAACAGUGACAGAAUUGCUUUACUUCAAGCAGUGCAGGAGCCAUUACCAACCUCCCGGCACUGGGCCACACCCGUCAAGGCAGCUUGCAUGUCACACAAGGGAGAGCCCCGCUGCCAAAAUGAAGGUGAGGGCUAACCACAGGAGAGAGAAGACCCCCGAUGGAUGCCUCAGUAGCAGGGACCACGGGAGGCUGGUCUGGGGGAAAACUGCAGGCAGCCAUCCCUGGCCAGGCAUCAUUGUGCCUCAUUACCAGUGUGGACUGAAGGCUCCCCCUGCUGAGACAGUAUGUGUCUUUUGGUUUGGAGACAACAGAGUAUCUCAGCUGCCUCUCAGGAAAGUCUCAGCCUUCAGGGAAAAUUUUGGAACUUUUUACAUUCAUACCAGAGACAAAGUGUUUCAAAAGGGGAUCACUGCUUGCCUUCAGGAACUUCAGCAUCAGUCAGGACUGCCACAAGGAGACUCAGAGGAAGCCUUGGAGUGGGCUGAGAAGGGUUUCCCUGGUGCUACAGACUACAGCAGACAUGCAGCGGUUACAUUUUCACCAAACGUGGAAAAACACCUUGGCUAUGUAAGGAAAGCUAAACAUUUUGGAGGCUGUUCUGAUGGCUAUGGUGAUUGUUCCUCCCUUAAGACAGCCUCAGCUCACUUGGACCCUCUAGAUGCUGAGGAGCACAGAAAAUGGACAGCUAAAGCGUCCCUCCUGGAAUUGGCACGGCAAGGGGAGCGUGACGUGGAGCAGCUGUGUAUUGCAUGCCACCGCACCGACUGCCAGGUUGCUGCACCACACCCUUACUUUGUGGGAGGCGUCUGUGCCACUUGUAAGUUCUCAAACCAAGGCCAGAAUGGACAGAAAGGAUUUGUGGCCCUGAAGAUUCCUGGAUGUGCACUUUUGAGGAGGUACCUGAUCCGUCAUCCUUCCCCAAGAAGCCCCUGAGAGUGCUGUCACUCUUUGAUGGCAUUGCCACCGGAUUGGUGGCCUUGGAUAAACUUGGCUUGGAGGUUGAGGUGUACUACAGCUGUGAGACGGACAAGAAGGCAACCACCGUGGUCAAUUCAAACUACAGAUCGUGUGUCACUUUGCUUGGCCCUGUUCAGAAACUGACUACAGAAAAGGUGAAGGAGCUGUGCCCCAUCAACCUCUUGAUUGGUGGGCCUCCUUGCAAUGACCUCAGCCUUGUGAAUCCCAAGAGAAAAGGUCUUUUUGAUUUUUCUGGAACAGGUCAUCUCCUUCUUUAUUUCAACAAGAUUCUGAUGAGCAUCAAGAGCUUCAAUAAAGAAACUCAUCUUUUUUGGAUGUUUGAGAAUGUCAAGAAUAUGCCUAAAGUCUAUAAGGAGAACAUAAGCAUGGUCCUUGAAAAACUGCCAGUUGUGAUUGAUGCAAGACAUCUCUCUCCACAAAGUCGACCACGCUACUUUUGGGGAAACAUUCCCGGAAUGUCCAGACCUAUUCCUUCAUACCCAGAACAUAACCAUGAUCUCCAUCACUACAUAGCUCAAGUUCCUGGCCGGAAAGCUGCAGUGGAUAAGGUAAACUGCAUUACCACACAAUCAAACUCUCUCCAGACAAGAUACAGAGGACACCUGGCAGUCAGGAUGGACAACCAAGAUGAUGUGCUCUGGAUCACAGAGAUAGAAAAGAUCUUUGGAUUGCCUCCACACUAUACAGACAAUGGUAACUUGACACUGAAAGAGAGACAGAAACUCUUGGGUCAGGCAUGGAGUGUUCCUGUUAUUUGCCACAUUUUCCAGCCUCUCUGCGAGUACUUCUCUUGCAGAACACUUUUAGAUCUUGAGCCACCCAGGGAAAGGACAACAAAGAGAGUGAAGAGGACCAGAAGCUCCUGCUCUCUCUACACUGAUUAGAUUACUUAUUGCAGAUUUGUGUUAUGUAACAUUUUUUCUAGCAUUUUGUUGAAAGGGAAGUGGCCUGUAAAACUAUUGUAAUGCAGGGGGGUAAUGAAAAAUUAAAAUAAAUUAAAUUCAAUAAACUUUCAAUGAAUAAAGGAAAGACUGAGUUUUUAAAAUUUUAUUUUGACAUAAAAUGGUAGCAAAACUGCUGUUAUCAGGCACUGGUUUUUAAUUUAAUUUUGACUUAACAUUGACUG